CUUCUAGUUUUCUUAUCUGUGUUCAAAAAUUUAAAAACCUGCUUUGAGAUAUAUUAGAUGUGAGUUAACUUCCUUUGGUACAAACCUAUUUCUUUCCUGGAACGAAUGUAGUGAUACCUUUUAUGACUUCUGAUGGUUGCUGACAAUCAAUAAAGCACAACUGUGGUUAAUGUUUGACUGACGGUGAAGGGAGAGGCCAGAGAAGACAGAGCAGCGCCGUAGGAGCAGCCCCCCGGCCCGGGAGAUACUCAAGUCUCAGCAAGAGUCUCAGCAACCGAAUGGAAGAAAACAACUUUUAACAGCCUUUUUGCUAUUUCCUUACAGAAAGGACUCUGGAUAAAGAAACACAUGAUGAUUCAAGCCCAUCUUCACUCCCUGUUUCUCCUGACACUUUAUUUGAUAACUGGAUAUGGCCAAGAUGGGAAGUUUAGUGGCCCCCUGAAGCCCAUGACAUUUUCUGUUUAUGAAGGCCAAGAACUGAGCCAACUUCUCUUCCAGUUUAAGUCCAGUCCUUCUGCUGUGGAUUUCAAAUUAACUGGGGAGACAGAUGGAAUCUUUAAGAUACAACCAGAUGGAUUUCUGUAUCUUACCAAAGCCCUGGACAGGGAAACAACAGCUGUUUACAAUCUCCAGGUUGCAGCCCUGGAUGCUCAUGGAGCUACAGUGGAGGGCCCAGUCCCCAUCACCAUAGAAGUGAAGGACAUCAAUGACAACCGACCCAUGUUUCUACAGUCAAACUAUGAAGGCUCAGUGAGGCAGAAUUCUCGUGCAGGGAAGCCCUUCAUGUAUGUCAAUGCUACUGACCUGGACGAUCCAGCCACUCCCAAUGGCCAGCUUGUUUAUCAAAUUAUCAUCCAGCUUCCUAAUAUCAACAAUGUUAUGUACUUUCAGAUCAACAACAAAACGGGGGCAAUCUCACUUACCCAAGAAGGCUCUCAAGAAUUGGAUCCUGUUAAGAAUCCUUCCUACAAUCUGAUGGUCUUAGUGAAGGACCUGGAUGGCCAGAAUGAGAAUUCCUUCAGUGACACCACAUCUGUGGAUAUUUUGGUGAAGGAGAAUAUUUGGAAAGCUCCAGAACCUGUGGAAAUUGAAGAAAACUCAAUUGGGCCUUACCCCAUCAAAAUCACUCAGGUGCAGUGGAACGAACCAGAUGUACAAUAUUCCUUAGCUGAAGUGGCGAAGCUGCCAAGAUUCCCAUUUUCAAUUGACCAGGAAGGAGAUAUUUAUGUGACUGAGCCCUUGGACCGAGAAAAAAACGAUUCAUAUGUUUUUUAUGCAGUUGCAAAGGAUGAGAAAGGAAAACUACUUGCAAGGCCACUGAAAAUUAAUGUGAAAGUUACAGACAUUAAUGAUAAUCCACCUACAUGUCCAUCUGCAAAGACCGUAUUUGAGGUCCAGGAAAAUGAAAUAAUAGGUAGCAAUAUUGGGACUUUUAUUGCCCAUGAUAUGGAUCAAGAAGGCACUGCCAACAGUAUUUUACGGUACAAAAUUGUGGAGCAAAUCCCCAAGUUUCCUAAAGAUGGACUCUUCCUGGUUCAAACCUAUGGUGGAGUAUUCCAGUUAGCUCAGCAAUCCUUGAAGAAGCAAUACGCUCCCCAGUACAACUUAACAGUAGAGGUGUCCGACAAAGAUUUCAAAACCCUGUGUUCUGUGGAAAUCAAUGUUAUUGAUAUCAAUGAUGAGAUCCCCAUCUUUGAAAAAUCAAACUAUGGAAACCUGACUCUUGCUGAAGACACAAAGGUUGGAUCCACCAUCUUAAUCAUCCAGGCCACCGAUGGUGAUGAGCCAUUUACUGGAAGUUCUAACAUCUUGUAUCAUAUUACAGAGGGUGACAGUGAGGGGCUAUUGGAGGUUGACACAGAUCCCCACACCAAUGCUGGAUAUGUCAAGAUUAAAAAGCCUCUUGAUUUUGAAACAACACCUGUUCACAACAUUGUGUUCAAGGCAGAAAAUCCUGAGCCUCUGGUGUCUGGUAUAGAGUACAAUUCAAGUUCUUUUGCCACAUUCAAGCUUACUGUGACAGAUGUGAAUGAACCACCCAUAUUUUCCCAACAAGUAUUCCAAGCAAAAGUCUAUGAGAAUGCAAAAAUAGGCACCAAACUGGGCAACGUGAGUGCCAAGGAUCCAGAAGGUCUGGAGAUAAGCCCACUCACAGGUGGCUCCUCCUUGGCAUCCACGGCGAGUUUCCACCUGACCCUAAUGGAUGUGAAUGACAACGCCCCCCGGCUAGCCAAGGACUACACAGGCGUCUUCUUCUGCCAUCCUCUCAAAGCACCUGAAAGUUUCAUUUUCGAAGCCACUGAUGAUGAUCAGCAGUCAUUUCGAGGCCCACAGUUUACAUUUGCCCUUCGCAGUGAGAGUCUACAAAAGGACUGGGAAGUUUCCAAAAUCAAUGGCACUCAUGCCAGACUCUCCAGCAGGCACACAGACUUUGAAGAGAAAGUUUACAAUAUCUCAGUCCUCAUCAGUGAUGUGGGUCAGCCACCCAUGCAAGGGGCUGUCUCUUUAUCAAUUACUUUUUGCUCAUGUGUGGAAGGAAGGUGUUUCCGGCCAGUAGGUCGCCUACGUGGGAGGCCCACUGUGGGCAUGGCAGUUGGUACAAUCCUGACCACCCUAUUGGUCAUGGGUAUAAUUUUAGCAGUUGUGUUUAUCCGCAUGAAGAUGAAUAAAGGCAAGGCUAAUACUGAGAAUGCUCAGCCAUCUGAAGUCAGACCUCUGAGCAACUGAAUUUGAAAAGGAAUGAAAACUUUACUUUUCAUCCAACAUGUGUAUAAUUUUUUACAGAUAUUCCCCCUUGGCCUCUAAUAUUUUACUACUCUUAGAUAUUUCAUGUGCUGUACAUGUUAGAGACAUUUUCCAUCUUCCCAUGACAUUUUUCCCCUCUGCAAGAGUCUUAGCUACUUAUACCAAAACAAAAAUGUAUCUGUUUUUCCCCCUUAGGGAAAGAUGGGCUGAUUAAAUAUUCGGUACAUUUUUUCUUCAUAAGGAGCUUUGUUUAUUAGUUAUC